CGGUCGUCGCGUCAUAUCGCUGCAUGCCGUCGGCGACAGCGCAAGCGAGACUAAAUCAAGCGGGAAGCAGUCUCACAUCAGCUAUAAAAGUGGCUCGUCGACUGAUCUUCUAACCUCAUCACCUUACUUCGCAGCCUCAGCCUCAGCCUCAGUUCCAGCCUCACCUCACACAACUCCAGAGCCUCCCGCACCCACCAUGGCUACCAACUCAUCCUACACUCGCGAGACCACCGCUCAGGAGGUCGUCGACGCAUUCGGCGACGAGAUCAAGGGCAAGAACGUCGUCGUCACGGGCCCUUCGCCGGGCGGUAUCGGUGCCGAGACCGCGCGCGCCAUCGCUACCAAGUCCCCCAAGCUCCUGAUUCUUGCCGGGCGUGACCAGAAAAAGCUUGAGACCACCAAGGCCGACAUUCUCAAGGAGACGCCCGGCGCCAACAUCGCUCUCGUCACGCUCGACCUCAACAGCCUCGCAUCCGUGCGCCAGGCAGCCAAGGACAUUGCCGCGGCCGCAGACCACAUCGAUGUGUUGAUCAACAACGCAGCCGUCAUGAUGUGCCCGUACUCGACGACGGCGGACGGCCUCGAGACGCAAUUCGGCACCAACUACGUCGCACCGUGGCUCCUGACCAACCUCCUCAUCCCGUCUUUGCUUGCCGCGCCUGCGCCGCGCGUCGUCUUUGUCUCGAGCGUCGGCCACCGUACCUCCGACAUCCGGUGGGACGACAUAGGCUUCUCGGGCGGCAAGACAUACCACAACGUCCUGGCAUACGGCCAGUCCAAGACCGCGUCCAUCCUCAACGCCGUCGCCCUCGCGGAGAAGUACCCCAAGAUCACGGCGAUCAGCCUGCAUCCUGGCGCGAUCCAGACCAACCUCGGCCGCCACUUGACCGAGGAGGACAUGAAGGGCAUGGUGUCCCGCUUCUUCAACGAGGACGGCACACCCAAGGCGAACAUGUUCUUCAAGUCGAUCCCGCAGGGCGCGAGCACGACGCUCGUGGCCGCUUUCGAUCCGGCACUCAAAAGCCUUAACGGCACGUACCUCGCCGACUGUCAAGUCGCGGAGAAGAAGGAGACGGGUGAUCCCAUGCAGAGCCUCGAGGACGCGGCGUUCGUCGCGCCAUACGCGGUCGACAAGAGCGCCGCCGAGCGCCUGUGGGGCGUGACGGAGGAGAUGGUCAACGAAAAGUUCUCGCCUUGAUCCUCUUGACUGCGUAGACAUCGGCACGAUAGCCUAUAGACUGACAUGUACCAACUAUUUCCCC